GGCACCUCCCGCCCUCCUCUCCUCCUCUGUUGCCUUCAGUCUGCUCGCACCACCACAGGCGGAGGCGGCUCCAGCUUCGGCUCCGGCGGGGGAAAAACAAACAAACAGCGUCGCACUGGAAUGAGCUGUCACGGGAAUUGCCUCCCAAACCUCCCACUCCACGCUGAAGACGUGAGGAGGAACUGGAGCUUCUGCGUAAAGAGGACCUCCGAUUUUUAAGAAUAAAUCCAGCAGCCGCAGCUUCUUCUUCUGUAUCUCAGUCCGGGGGGGCCCUUGACCUGGGGGGAAACACUCCCUUCAGUUCGCUCCAUACCGCGCAUAUCCGUCCAUCACCGCGUGUGACAGGGGCGUAAAAGACGCGGGGAGCCGAGGAUGGAGGCCCUGCUCCGUGUGCUCAACAGUCACCCGGGCCCCUCGGUGCUGCUGAGCUCCCUGCUCUUCAGACUGAUCCACAGACUCCUGCAGAGGCUGCCUGUGCCCAGCGUGGUCAGGCACGAUGAGCUGCGCUCAUGGAAAUGGAAGAACCUCUCGGUGUCCAUGGUUCACUCCCUGCUGACCGCCACAUGGGCCAUGACCUGUGUGAUGAUUUGGCCCGAGACGCUUCACAAUCUGCACUCGUACAACACGCCUCUGUGUUACCUGCUUGUCUGCUGCUCAACAGGAUAUUUUCUGCAGGACGCGGGUGACAUCAUCCUGACAGGACAUGCCAAAGGUUCAUGGGAAUUCUUACUUCAUCAUUCACUGGUGAUCUCGUGUUUCCUGUACACCCUCUUCACUCAGGUGUACGUAGCCGGAGCGGUGGUCGCUCUCUUCGUGGAGGUCAACAGUGUCACGCUGCACCUGCGUCUGAUGCUGAAGCUGGCCGGCGCACAGUCCUCCACCAUGUACCACGUCAACAAGUACGCCAACCUCUUCACCUACGUCACGUUCCGCCUGGGCACCCAGUUCUACCUCACCUGGUACAUAGUCCACAACUACUCCUGGCUGGACAGCGGCGGAUACUUCCUCGCGUGCAUGAUCGUCAUCAACGUCAUGAUGCUGAUUUAUUUCCAGCGCCUGCUCCGCGCCGACAUCUUCUCGCCGCAGAAGAAGAGUCACCUGGUGCAGAAUGGGACUCAUCGCGACAACAAGAAGUUUCUCAGCGAUUGAUUUUUUUAUGGGACUGUUUUUGGGUUAGCGUUUACAAGUUUUUCACGCAAUUUGUCAGAAAAGUUCCCCCUAUUGUGUGUCACCGUCAAACAUCAACACCACACGUAAUCAAUCAAUUCAUCGCUAUCGGCGCAACAAAAUAGGGGGCGAACGAUCAGUUGUUUUUUUGUUUGUUUUUUUAUCGCAAUUUGACACAACACAGUUAGCAGAUCGCUUAACUGCAAUUGAACUCUUUGAUUUAGUUUAAUGUUUAAAUUUCAAUUUAAGAAAUGUGAUACGUCAACGUUUGCAACAGUACAACGAUUUUGAGUUCUCGACUUUGUACGACAGAGUACUAGACCUGUACUGAAGAAGAAAAAAAAACAUUUACGCUUUUGAAAAUAAAGUCGUAAUAUUACGAAAGGAGAGUUGCGAUAUUAGGAAAAAUGUCACAAUGUCACAACUUUAUUCUGAAGUGUUUUUUUAGAAAUAAUUCAAUGAUUUUAAGUUCUCAAAUUUGUACUAUGAAUUUUUGUGAUGAAAACAAAUAUUUAAGCUAAUCCUUUUUCUCACAAUAUUAACAUGUCAACGUGAUACAUUAAGAAUAAACUGUAGAUUCAGUUUUAUGUUCAAUGUCAAUUUAAAAAAAAUUGACUUUUUUUCUCGUAACAUUAUGACUUUAUUCUUCUUAUUCUUUAUUUCUUCAGUAUGACCCUCUGAUACGCUGUCGUAUCUCUCGCAUCAAAGUACAGUAUUUAAUAUUAUGUUGGUUUCUCAUGCAGUUAUGCUCCAUCUUGUUUUAUAACUAUAACAGUAAAUUAUAUUUAAACUAUUUUUAAACCAUCAAAGUUACGUUUGUGCUCACAACUCACGACAUCUGCACGUCAAACAGUCAGGUUUUAUUCAGGAAACAUUUCUCUGGGUGUUUGACACUGGACUUUUUCAUUUUAGCAGCAGCAGCAGCAGCAGAGUCUUACGGAAGCGUAUUGUGUUUACCUAAAAUUCUUUUUCACUAGAAAAAAUCUGGUAAAAACAGACCCAAAACAUCACUUAAAAACAGGCC